AAAGCCAUGCCUGCUGAGCUGCAGCCUGAUGCUGCUCUCAUCAGAGUCAGGUGGAGGCGUGGCAGCGGUAGGAAAACGUUUGGAAAUGUAACGGAGUAAAAGCCUACAUGUAAGGGAGGAACUGGCCACUAACCAGAUCUGCCAAGGAACUAUAAAAUGGAGGCAAAAUGGAGAAAGAGAAAGAAACAGGGACGAGAAAAAGACAAACAAAUCGGUGGCAAAACCAGAUAGGCCUAGAUGGCUCACGGAAAGAUUAGUGGAAGCAAACUCCUCAUGAUGGUGUUGUAUAUGGUGGCAGCGUGCAGUGCCAUCCCCAUCAGUGACCUGCUCGACCGAGCCUCUCAGCGCUCUGACACACUGCACUCCCUCAGCACAACACUGACCCAGGAGCUGGGCUCUCGUUUCCUUCCUUUAGGCCGCAUGAUCAUGCCCCGCCCAUCAAAGUGCCACACUUCCUCUCUGCAGACACCUAAUCACAAGUGGCAAGUUCUUAAAUUAUCAGAGUCAGACCUGCUGUCAUUGGCUCGCUCCCUGCUCCAAGCCUGGGUAGACCCCCUGGUAGUCCUGUCCACCUCCGCUAACACCCUGCCUCACCCUGCCCAAAGCAACAUAUCUAACAAAAUCCAGGAGCUGCAGCAGCACUCCAAGAACCUGGGAGACGGCCUGGAUAUCCUAUCUGGCAAGAUGGGUCCAGCGGCUCAGACCAUCUCCUUACUGCCCUACAGAGGAGGCAAUGACAUCGGCCAGGACAAGAUUUCCAAAUUGACCAACUUCCAUUUCCUGUUGUCCUGCUUCCGCCGGGAUUCGCACAAGAUUGACAGCUUCCUGAAAGUCCUCCGCUGUCGGGCGGCUAAAUUGCUACCUGAGAUGUGCUGAAGAGUGAGGCAGCCAGCUUGACUCUGAGGGGAGAUUUUUGACAAAGGAAAAUAUUCCCUAAAACAGCUUUAUACAUUCCAGGUAGGUGGGGGAGCAGCACAAUGAACCUAAAGCUCAUACACUUCCCCGUAUGUUUCCAGCUGGACCAUAUUGUGGUGACAAACUGAGGUAAAUCUGUGAGUUACUUCUCCUGUGACACUUCCUUGUCCUUGACACCCUCAAAGCCAAGCUGCCAAAGGAGCUUUGUGGAAAGCAGGUUGUGACAUGAAAUCCCUCCACCAGCAUCUCUUCAAGUAAUUUGUCACACUGGGAUGCAAGACUUCAAUGGAGAUGUGUGAUGACAAACUGCAGCAUUUGCACUUUAGAUUUAAAGACACCCCUUGACAGCAUUUUGAUAUAAAAUCUGUACAUCAAUAAAAGAGUAUCUCUUGCACAGCAAAA